CACCCUUUCUCAACUCCCUUGACUCAGUCAGUCAGUCUCUCCUUCAAAUAGUCGCUCUGUACCCAGCAAUUCAAUGGCCUGGGGAUUGAAGAUGCCGGAAAUCAAGUUCACUAAGCUCUUCAUUAAUGGCAGCUUCGUCGACGCCGUCUCAGGGAAGACAUUUGCAACGACAGAUCCGCGCUCAGGGGAGGUGAUAACGAUGGUGGCAGAGGGCGAAAAAGACGACGUGGAUUUAGCAGUGAAGGCAGCAAGAGAAGCUUUUGACCAUGGCCAAUGGCCUCGCAUGUCUGGAUUUCAAAGAGGACAGAUUAUGAUCAAGUUCGCAGACUUGAUCGACCAGCACAUCGAGGAAUUAGCCACACUCGACAGCUUAGAAGUGGGGAAGCUGUUCUCCCACAACAAGCUGGCUGACAUCCCCUCGGCUACCCGGAUGCUCCGGUACUUCGCCGGCGCCGCCGAUAAGAUCCACGGCGAAACACUAAAGAUGGGCGGACCGUUCCAUGGAUACACGCUCAAGGAGCCCAUUGGGGUGGUCGGGCAUAUAAUACCUUGGAAUUUCCCGACCGUCAUGUUCUUCUUCAAGGUCUCCCCUGCUUUGGCUGCGGGCUGCGCCAUGGUUGUCAAACCGGCAGAGCAGAGCUCGCUCUCUGCACUUUACUAUGCUUUCUUGGCUAAGCAGGCAGGCAUUCCAGAUGGCGUUCUAAAUGUUGUGACCGGUUUUGGCCCAACUGCCGGAGCUGCCAUUGCUUCUCACAUGGACAUCAACCAAGUUAGUUUCACAGGAUCCACUGAAGUAGGACGUUUGAUCAUGGAGGCAGCUGCGAGAAGCAACUUGAAGCCCGUAUCACUCGAAUUGGGUGGGAAAUCACCAUUAAUCAUCUUUGACGAUGCAGAUAUCAACAUGGCCGUUAAACUCGCUCAAAGGGCAGUGUUCUACAACAAGGGAGAAGUGUGCGUGGCCGCAUCGCGAAUCUACGUACAAGAAGGAAUUUACGACGACUUCAUGAAGAAGGCGGUGGAGACUGUCGGAGACUGGAUUGUCGGUGACCCUUUCGAUCCACAUGUUCAUCAGGGGCCUCAAGUAGUGGACAAGGAGCAAUUCGAGAAGGUCCUCAGAUAUAUCGAGCAUGGCAAAAGAGAAGGAGCUACCAUUGUUGCCGGAGGCAAGCCCUGUGGUGAAAAUGGUUACUACAUUGAACCCACAAUCUUUGUAGAUGUCAAGGAGGACAUGGUGAUAGCCAAGGAGGAAAUAUUUGGACCAGUCAUGUCCCUCAUGAAGUUCAAGACGAUGGAGGAGGCGAUCGAGAAAGCGAAUAAUACAAGAUAUGGAUUGGCUGCGGGGGUUGUGACGAAGAACUUGGACAUAGCAAACAGGAUGGCGAGAUCAAUUCACGCGGGCAGCAUCUGGAUCAACUGCUACUUUGCAUUUGACAGUGACUGUCCUUUCGGCGGCUUCAAAAUGAGUGGAUUUGGGAAGGAUCUGGGGAUGCAUUCGAUUGAAAAAUAUCUCCAAGUUAAAUCUGUUGUCACGCGACUUCACGAUUCUCCUUGGCUGUAGUCAAAGACUGAACAUCGAUUGGAGAAGUUAGAGAUUGUGCUAGCUACAUGUUUGAUUCUGACGAUCGAUGUAUCCGAUCAGUUUAAUUGCUGCCUGCCUGAUCUAUUAUCAACCAAAAUAAAGGCGUUCGACUUCAACA